GUAAAUACAGCUUAUUCAAAACAUAAAUUUUUGUACAUGUCAGCUGCCAUAAAAAUGCGUUGCUCAGGCGCCAUUUGAGAGAUUGAAUGUUUCCGUGUCAAAAGUCUCUUCUGUGCGGAGUGAUAUGUUGUGGGGCAGAGGGCCAGGGGAACUCUGGAAUCAGCGUAAACAAACGACAUUUAUUGUGAAGCUGCCGUGGAGAGCGCUGUUCCGAACCCCUCGUUGUUAAAGGGUGGGUCAGGCGAUCUCACACUUGCUCAAUAAUCCUAUUAGCAGUUGACGAAGUGGUGUAGAUCAGCGUUUGAGUUUUUCCGCGGAGCCAACGUUCUGAUACGCAGUGUUAGUUUUACACUGUUGUCUCGUGUUAACGGCUAAGGAGACGCUAGCUAGCUAACGUUAGCCAAACGUUAGCCAACGGGCGCUACGUGUCGUGGCUCCCAAACUAAACACCACACUACUCCACAUACAUACGAAGCCAUACGUACUACAACAAAAAUAAACUUAACGUUUAACUCAUUGGUCACAGAAAACGCUCCUAGUCGGUGUGAGUAUGACGAAAAACGCCAUACUGCACUAAAGCUAGGUAAGCUAACGUAAGUUAGCGUACGCUACCGUGUAGCGAUAAUAUAAAAAGUAUUAAACCAUGAGUGAUAGACCGUUUUUAAAUAAAAUUGUUUGGCUUGUGUCAGUUUGUCGAUUCAACUGCAGCAAGGCAACUACAAUGCGCUGUGCUACUGGUAAUGAUAGCCAUCUGCUAACUAGGCCAACGUGUUCAUAUGGGGCCCGCGUAAUUCCUGGGCUGUUUUAUUCCGAUGUGAUUUUCUCGUUUCACUAAAGCGAUUAGUGUACACAUUUCAAGUACUGCCACAGUUAGUCGAACUGUACAAGUCAGAGUACCGAAAAUAUACACAAACAGACUGAAAACAUUCGUUUUUUUGAAACAGUCCUUCACAUGAGACGUUUGAGCAACUGUCUUGCUUUCAGGAAGUAGACCGCGCCUGAUCUUUCCAGUUUCCCUUUAGUUAACUAGUGUUAGCAAGCUCUAGAUGGGUGUAACUCGCCAAACCAAUAAUCUUCUACAGUAUUCACAACUUUUCUGUAUUGUCGGCUUGUGUGAAAUAAACAAAUGGAAAUAAAAUGCUGUGGAGAAAAAGGUUGAAACCUUUAUGUGGAAUAUGUUAAUAUGGUUAAUUUGUUUUAUUUGUUUUCUGAUGCACAUUAUUUACAUGUGCAUACUACAUGCAUACAUAUUUGAUGUCACAAUGGUUAAAGAGUUAGUCAUUAUUCUGUGUUAAUCCUUAACUGUGCAUGCUUCACUGUGUCAUCCACAAAUUGUGUCCAGUUUUCACAAAGCAGUUUGCUUCCAUUAAUGGAAGAAGUGGGUUAUUCAGUCUGUGGCCUUAUGUUGGGUGACUGGUCUCUCCUAACACUGCCAGUGAAGACUGGCUACAAACAACACAGGCCCACUGUUUCUACUAAUAGAAGCAGGCAGAGUUUCAGCUUUGGCAAAUAAGCAAGGCAAACUGGGAAAUCCUUUGAGAGGGGAGGUGAUCUGUUCUAGUUAAUAUGAAACCUAAUGACCAUGGAGAUUGAGAAACAGUACCAGGGCUUCCCAUAUUCUCAAAUCAAGGAGCGGUGCGCAGCUACAGCACCAGAGCUGCUCCUGCAUAGAUCACAGCUUGUGAGGAUUAGCAGGCAUGACUUAAUCUCUCACCCUGUCCAACAUAGUAGUUGCUGCAAUUGAGCGGAGAUGAAAGAUAUGUGUAAUAUACUAUUAUACGCUGGUGCACGGGCCUGAAGAGGAGGUGCAGGAGGAGUUUGUGCAGACAGCAGGUCCAGAUGGGUGUUUUAGUAAGGGAAACAGUCAAUCCACCAGCUUCAUUAAAUGACCAGGUUAAAGAAACAUCACCUUAGGCUCCAUCCACCCAGCCUACCAAACCUUUACGUGUGUGUUUGCUUUGCACAUGGCUGUGACUCAGCUCUGUCACUCUCUGCUCUCUGUUAUAACUCCAUUACUAAGACUUAAUUAAGUUUGUAGGCAGUGCUCUGGUACUGUGAGCACCAUCUAAUAACCAAAAAAUUAAAAAAAGACUGCAGUGCAGGUUUUCACUUUCAUAACCAACCCUUUAAAUCUGUGCAGACAGCAUGAACAUACUGGCCACAGAUGAUGAAUGUGGCAUUACGGAACUGAUUGUUGUUGUUGAGAGCUAAGCAGUUACUUUUAAUAACCAACAGGGGACGCCAGCUCCUCAGUCACUGGCAUUUGAAUGGGGAACAGUUUUACUAAAGUGGAAGCACUUCUUUCUGCUCUUGAUCUCCAUUUAGAGGAAGGUGUUUACAUAUUUGAAAGUUUGCCUGAACAACCAGGGUCAUAUGUUUGCUUUACCUCCUCUGAAAGAAAGGAUUUCAGCUGUUUAAAUGUUUGCUGAGCCUAGACAAAGGGUAACCUGCUCUUUGCCUGUGGACGUUAAUCACGCCACUAUAUUCAUGGCUUCAUGAAAAUGAGGACAUACGCGUGAUGAUGGCAGGUUCCAGCAUGCUGAAAGUUCGGUCUACAAGUUGGCAAAGGAACCGAAGCAUGCGGCUGCUGGAGGACGGACUCACCGUGUGGUGCGAGUCCUCCCGCAAAGGCAAAGCCCAGCAGACAUUUGCAGUGACGGAGGUGGAGUGUGUGUGUGAAGGCUACCAGUCGGAGGCACUGAGGCGGCUGUCUGGAACCCUACCAGAGAACCAGUGCUUCACAGUGGUCUUCAAAGGAGCCAGGAAGAGCCUGGACCUGAAGUGCCCCACUGCAGAGGAAGCUCAGCACUGGGUGCGAGGUCUCCGCAUGUUAAAGGAGCGAGUGGCCAGAAUGAGUCAGAAGGAAAAACUGGACCAUUGGAUUCGGGGGUACCUCAAGCGAGCAGAUCAGAACAACGACGGCAAGAUGAGCUACGAUGAGGUCAAACGGCUGCUGCUGAUGAUCAACAUUGACGUGAGCGAGCAAUAUGCCCGCUGCUUAUUCAAGCGGUGUGACCAAUCUGGCGAUGGCCGCCUGGAUCACACAGAAAUUGAAGAGUUCUGCAGGGAGCUGCUGCGACGGCCUGAGCUAGAUGCCGUGUUUAGACACUAUUCAAGUAAAGGUAGCGUGCUCUCCACUGCUGAGCUGCGUGAUUUCCUGGGAGAUCAAGGGGAGGACGCGUCGCUGGAUCAUGCUCGAAGUCUUAUACUCACCUAUGAGCUCAAUGACCGGGCUCAGAAGAACCUGCUCAUGACACAAAAUGGUUUCACCAUGUACAUGCUGUCUCUGGAGAAUGAUGUCUUCAACCCUAACCAUGCCAGAGUUUACCAGGACAUGACCCACCCCCUGGCCCAUUACUUCAUCUCCUCGUCACACAACACUUACCUUACCAAGGACCAAGUCACCGGUGCGAGCAGCACUGAGCCGUACAUGAGGGCUCUAAUUCAGGGCUGCCGCUGUGUGGAGCUAGACUGCUGGGAUGGAGAUAAAGGUGAACCCGUCAUCUACCACGGGCACACACUCACCUCCAAAGUGCCCUUUAAGGAAGUCAUUGAAACCAUCGGUCAGUAUGCCUUCGAGACGUCCCCAUACCCUCUAAUCCUGUCCUUGGAGAAUCACUGUUCUGUGGAGCAGCAGGCUGUCAUGGACAAACACCUCCGUAGUAUCCUGGGCAAAAAACUGCUCACAGAGCCUCUCAGUGACCAGCCACUGAGAGACCUGCCUUCUCCCGAAGAGCUUAAGGGGCGCAUUUUGGUAAAAGGAAAGAAACACACUCCUCACCUGGGUGAGCUGGUGAAGAACAGCAGCUGCACCAGCUUCUCUUCGAGCUCUGAAGAUGAACUAGCCAGCAGCAUUAAAAGCACACCCAUGAAGGAUCCUGCAAAGGUCCGUUCGAAACUGUGCCCCGAGCUAUCCGACCUGGUGGUUUACUGCAAGAGUGUCCCCUUCCGUGGGUUUGGAAAUGUGUCUGAAAAACCGCCAAAUGAAAUGUCUUCUUUCUCUGAAAACGAUGCCCUCAAGCACAUCAAAGAGUCUGGGAAGCUUUUUGUAAGACACAACAGCAGGCAGCUGAGCCGGAUCUACCCUUGUGGCCAGCGCCUUCAAUCAUCCAACUAUGAUCCUCAGGAAAUGUGGAACUGUGGAUGCCAGCUGGUGGCUCUAAACUUCCAGACGGCUGGGGAGCAAAUGGACCUGAACCAGGGCCGCUUCCUCGCAAAUGGUCGCUGUGGAUACGUCCUCAAACCCAGCUUCCUGUGCAGUCCCACAUCCAACUUUAACCCAGAAAACACGGGAGGAGGCCCCGGUCAUACCCCGACUCAGCUGACUAUACGAAUAAUAUCUGCACAACAGCUGCCAAAAAUCAACACAGAGAAGGCGAGCUCCAUUGUGGACCCACUAGUGUGGGUGGAAAUUCAUGGGGUGGCUAUUGAUAAAGCAAAACAAAAAACCCACCGCAUUGACAACAAUGGUUUCAACCCUCGCUGGGACUGUACUCUGAGCUUCCAGCUGCAAGUCCCUGAGCUGGCCCUGGUGCGGUUUGUAGUGGAGGACCACGAUCAUGCUGCCAAAAAUGACUUUGUGGGGCAGUUCACUUUACCUUUUACAAGCUUUCGCAUAGGUUAUCGACAUAUUCACUUACUGAAGGCAGAUGGUUCUAGCCUUUCUCCUGCUACACUCUUUAUCCAUGUCAAAGUGACUCGCAGAGGUGUUCCUGUCAAAACUAUGGCUGAGCGUAUUGCCGCUGCCAAAGGCAAAGCGUGACACACAUCUGAACAAGACAAUCAGAUAUCUGGACAAUGAAGGACCUUGGAAGGAGGAGCUCCGAGUGUAAACAGACAGAGACAGAAUGCUGCCGUUGUCUUACAGUUCAGACCCCAAGUGGUCCAGUUUGCACAAAACCACUUCCCAGUGCUUGAAGAAAGGUGUCUGUCAGAGAUGGACACAUGCCCUCUGGUGACUGUAAUUCAUAACAAAAAAUGCAGAAAAAGGGACUGUUAGAGAGAAUGAAGAUCAUUUAUUUUAUGUCAUCAUUUUAUUUUUUAACAUGUUUUUUUAACUUGAAGGAUAAUGAUCGCUUAAGUAAAAUAGCACUUCUUAAAUUGAUGCUAUAACAGAAUUGCAAUGAGAUGUAAACCAAGUGUAACUAACUGUGUUUGACAAUAUACAUAAACAUCAGUGUUUUAGAUGUUAUUAUUGGCACCAUUAACUGUGCUGUAAUACAGAUUUAAUUUUGUGUCAGUGAGUGCCCCAGGGCGCCAUGGCCCAUCAUGCCCAGGUACAAGUACUUGAUACUCCAGAUAUCUGGGCACUUUUUAAAAUUCUGUCUGGAAGACAAAUUCUAACAUAUUCUUACAUCUUCCAGCAGAACAUGACAGACUUAACUUGCAAAGAUAAGCUUUUUUCUUAAAUGUGUUGUAUUUUAUCUUAGCAUCAUUUCACAUAUGUUCAAAUGUGCUUGUUUAAAAUCAUAUUUGACUUUUAACGAUACAGUAUUUCCAUAUAAGCUUCUUUCAUUUUGUCAACUUUUGUCUUCGUAUUCAGAUCUAGAAAAAAAUGCUGUUAAAAACUAAUUGCAUCAAUCUAAUACAACCACUAAUUACUCCAGGCUACAGUGAAUCUUUUAAUACUCUUAUAAGGAGGUUCACUGAUAAUAAAAUGGUCCAGCGAUGAAAAGUAAUUACUGUAAUUACAGUUUUAAUGGUCACGCUGGUUUUUGAGAAAAAUGUAAUAUGUAUUUAAUAGUGGGUGAAGUAAAACUUUGCUCUCUUAAUGUUUAAUAUAGAAGCUGUGGGAUGCGUUUGAGUGGUUAUGUUUGCAAGAAAAAUGUUUUUAUAAAGCACUUCUAACAAUUUUUUUCACAUGCUGUCAAAAGAUACAAGUGUCUGUUUUAGUUUCAAAAGUCCACAGUGUUGUGUGUGGACACCUGACACUUUAAUAAAUGCAUAACCAGAAGGUUCUAAUCUGUGAA